AUAAAAGCCAGUGUCCCACACAGCAGACACUCAGGGAGGUGAAUCACAAUUGAGACGCAGCCAUGUUCUUGCUUGUCAGUUGUUUUGCCCUUGUGGCAUCUGCGCUGGGGUGUGGAGUGCCUGCCAUUAAGCCCCAAGUAUACGGAGACAGCAAGAUUGUGAAUGGGCAGACUGCUGUGUCUGGGUCCUGGCCUUGGCAGGUUUCACUUCAGGAUGGUAGGGGAUUCCACUUCUGUGGAGGAUCCCUCAUCAACCAAUACUGGGUUGUCACUGCUGCCCAUUGCCGUGUAUCUCCUCGAAGCCAUCGUGUUAUCCUGGGAGAACAUGAUCGUCAAACCAACAGUGAGCCAAUUCAGGUCAAGACAAUUUCCAGGGCCAUCACUCACCCCUACUACAACACCCAGAACUUCAACAACGACAUCACCCUUCUGAAGCUGUCCUCUCCAGUCCAGAUGACAUCCCGUGUGUCUCCUGUGUGCCUGGCCUCCUCCAGCACCAGCAUCCCAUCUGGAACCAGAUGUGUCACCACUGGGUGGGGCAAGACCGGCCAAACCUCAAGCCCCCGCUUCCUCCAGCAGACUGCCCUGCCUCUGCUCAGCCCUGCUCAGUGCAAGCAGUACUGGGGUUAUAACAGAAUCACUGAUGCCAUGAUCUGUGCAGGUGCUUCUGGAGUGUCCUCUUGUCAGGGUGACUCUGGUGGCCCUCUUGUUUGUGAGAACGGUGGAGUGUGGUCCCUUGUUGGUAUCGUGUCCUGGGGCACCUCUAACUGCAACGUGCGCGCCCCUGCUGUGUACUCCCGCGUGUCCUACCUGCGCAGCUGGGUCGACCAGACUGUUGCUUCCAACUAAAGUGCAAACACAUAGAAUGUGCAAACCACAUGUCUUCUCAUCAUUCUGCUCCUCACCGUGAUUAAUGAGGGAUUCUGUUCAACAUUUACAUUAUAGAAACCUUUCAUUGUACCGUUGCGUUUGGUGCAUUUGUGAGAAAUCAUGCAUAAAACACAACACUUGAGAACACCAA